AUGUACCGCUUCGUGGAUCUGACAGAAGAAGAGCAGCAUCUACGCCGCCAGCUACUGGACUGGUAUGGCCAGUUUGCUCAGCUUUCAGUUCUCGCGCCUGUCCUGGCCAUCCAGAUCUUCCAUCUAGCAUCAUGGCUGAGACGAAAUUUGCCACGACAGAGCGAAUUGAAGCAGACCCCGAGCUCUCCCUACGCGAAGCAACUUCAGUCGGGGCAACGCUUCGGCACCAAAGCUUGGGCAAGGAGAUGGCAGACCUUUUUGUGGUGGUGCGGUGAUUCUUUCAAUAUCGCUGGCUUACCGCUCGGGACGAAAGGAGAGCUGUUCGGCGCGAUCGUUUGGACUGUGUGGCUAACAAUGCUUUCAUUCUGUCAAACUGGCGAUGACUACUUGCAUCUAACCAAACGUCUUGGAGCCGUGGUAUCAUCUCAGCUACCAUUCCACUACCUGCUCUCUCUCAAGACACCAUACUCCCCCCUCCAACUCCUCACGCGAAGAUCCCACGAAUCCCUAAUCUCCCUGCAUCAGAUCCUCGGCCGUAUCAUGACGGUCCUGAUGUAUGCUCAUGCAGCCUUGUAUCUGAAUUUCUACAUUCAGAAGAGCCUACUAAUAUCGAAGCUGGUCCAAUUCUACGUUCUAUGCGGCAUCUUUGCCGUCAUCGCUUUUACGGCUAUCGUGACGACGGCACUCCAACCUGUCCGAAAUUGGAGCUACCGCAUAUUCUACGCUGUGCAUGUUCUUUUUGCUGUGCUCUUACUCCCAACUCUUUACUUUCACGUCCAUCACGUUCGGGUAUAUGUUUACGAGACGCUUGCGAUUUACGUCCUCCAUGUUGCUCUGCGGUUCUUCGCCACUACGACAUACACUGCAGGAAGUAUACGCCAGGUUCCAGGCACGGAUCUGGUGGCCAUCACCAUCCCAUUAAGUGGGCAAAGCUCCGCCUUACAGCCUGGACAGCACGCAUACAUCUCUCUGAAAGGACACCCACUGUCGCGGACUUUCCGCAGCAACCCUUUCACAGUGGCGUCAAUACCCUCGAUCGAUGGGAACUUGAAGUUUKUAGCAAGAAUCUUGGACGGGAACACGGCGAAGCUUGCCAUGAGGAAGGAACAAACUCAGAGCAUCUCGGUCGAGGGUCCCUACGGCUUGACGACACACGCAGAUGCACUGAUGGGGUAUGAUAGAGUCCUGUUUGUGGCUGGUGGAAUCGGAGCUACAUUCAUCGUCCCAUUGUACCGCCAGCUACUUGCGGACUUGAGUCCUGGGAAGGGCAGCUAUCGAAGACAGAAGGUCAGCUUCAUCUGGGUGGCACGAUCAAUGGCUGACGUGGAUUGGGCUUUGCCUAGCGAUGAUAAAGAGAGGGAAGGAUUUGUGGAGAGACUGAAGCUCUAUGUUACUCGGGAUGCUGAAGGAAUUGCGUCUGGCUUGGCUGCAAAAUAUGCAGUCGGUGGCGCAGAGGGCGAUGAAGUACCGGGCGAUGAAGGGAUUGAGAUGGAGGAGCAGAAGACGCUUCUUUCGCCGGACAAGGCUGGGGCGGCGGCGACAGGUUCUGAAGAUGUGGAUGUUCAUGCUGGAAGGCCAGACUUGGCGAUGACUGUCGAGCAAGCCUUUACCAAUGGUGGGAACGAGAGGGUAGCUAUAAUGGUGUGCGGCCCCAAGAGCCUCAGCAGGAGCGUACGAGGUCAUGUUGAGCCUUGGGUCAGGAAAGGGAGGGAGGUAUGGUUCUGGGAGGAGGCAUUUGGUUUGUAG